AGCGCGCAGGAGCCGCGGAGCGCAGCCAUGAGCCGCCGCGUGGUGCGCCAGAGCAAGUUCCGGCAUGUCUUCGGGCAGCCGGUGAAGGCUGAUCAGAUGUAUGAGGACAUCCGCGUCUCCAAGGUGACGUGUGACAGCUCCUUCUGUGCUGUCAACCCCAAGUUUGUGGCCAUCAUUGUGGAGUCUGGUGGUGGGGGAGCCUUCAUCGUCCUGCCCCUCGCCAAGACAGGCCGGGUGGACAAGAACCACCCACUGGUGACAGGGCACACAGCACCCGUGCUGGACAUCGACUGGUGUCCCCACAACGACAACGUCAUUGCCAGUGCCUCGGAGGACACCACUGUCAUGGUGUGGCAGAUCCCUGACUAUGUCCCUGUGCGCAACGUCACGGAGCCAGUGGUGACACUGGAGGGGCACUCCAAGCGUGUGAGCAUCAUCUCCUGGCACCCCACCGCCCGGAACGUCCUGCUCAGCGCAGGGUGUGACAACCUGGUGAUCCUCUGGAAUGUGGGCACGGGGGAGACAUUGCUGGUGCUGGACAACAUGCACACAGACCUCAUCUACAACGUGGGCUGGAACCGCAAUGGCAGCCUCCUGGUCACCACCUGCAAGGACAAGAAAGUUCGCAUCAUUGACCCCCGCAAGCAGCAGAUAGUGGCGGAGAAAGAGAAGCCACACGACGGCACCCGCCCCAUCCGCGCCAUCUUUGUGGCCGAUGGCAAGAUCUUCACUACAGGCUUCAGCAAGAUGAGUGAGCGGCAACUGGCCCUCUGGGACCUGGAGAGGUUUGCCCCCCACGAAGGGCUGAGGCCCGUGCGGGCCAUCUUCACAAGGGAAGGACACAUCUUUACCACGGGCUUUACCAGAAUGAGCCAGCGGGAGCUGGGCUUGUGGGACCCGAAAAAUUUCGAGGAGCCCAUCGCCCUGCAGGAGAUGGACACCAGCAAUGGGGUCCUACUGCCCUUCUAUGACGCCGAUUCCAGCAUUGUCUACCUCUGCGGGAAGGGUGACAGCAGUAUCCGGUACUUCGAGAUCACAGACGAGGCACCCUAUGUGCACUACCUGAACACCUACAGCAGCAAGGAGCCGCAGCGGGGCAUGGGCUUCAUGCCCAAGCGUGGGCUGGAUGUCAGCAAGUGCGAGAUCGCCAGGUUCUUCAAGCUGCACGAGCGGAAGUGUGAGCCCAUCGUCAUGACGGUGCCACGCAAGUCAGACCUCUUCCAGGACGACCUGUACCCCGACACACCGGGCCCCGAGCCGGCCCUGGAGGCAGAUGAGUGGCUGUCGGGGAAGGACGCAGAUCCUAUCCUCAUCUCGCUGCGGGAUGGUUACGUCCCCGUCAAGAACCGGGAGCUGAAGGUGGUCAAAAAGAACAUCCUGGACAACAAACCUCCCGUAGGCCGCCGCAGCCACUCCGUCUGCGAGCCUGAUUUCUCCCGGCCAGACUUGGAGGAGGUGCUGGAGGAGAUCCGUGCCCUGAAGGAGACAGUCCAAGCGCAGGAGAAGCGCAUCUCCGACCUGGAGAACAAACUCUGCCAGUUCACCAAUGGCACGGACUAGCGCGGUGGCCAUGGCCACGGCCAUGGGCAGGGCAAGGACUGCCCCGACUCCCUCGGGGAUUAAAGCCACGUCCCCGCAGAGGGCAGGAGCCCAGAGCCGUGUUCUUUCCCCAGGAGCCAAGGCUGC